AUGUCUGACGCGCACGCUCCCUUGACCUGGGAAACCUCGACCCACACCCAGCCUCAGCUGGCCACAUCUUUACCGUCUGAAGUUGUCAACUGCUUAGAGAAUGCUCGCUAUGUUCGUCUGAUCCACCUUGAUGCUUGGAACACACCAUGUGCUAACCCUGAUGAUAGCNUUCAUCUGGCAACUUGCACAGAGCUGCAUCCCCAUGUUGCCCUCAUGAACUACACCUACCUUGCCUCACAUCCCUUCGCCGACUCUACCUCGCAAAUGCCGUCUGGUCCCGUAAUCAUCAUGACUUCGAACCCUGCUUCGCGCAAGACCGUCAACCUCACCGCAAACCCGAACGUAUCGCUUCUUGUCCACGACUGGGUGUCGCAUAGACCUGCUACCAACAAUAGAAACUCGUCGCCCGAGGGCCGCAGAGCCCCUGGUCGUAGCUCCCUGGCCACCUUGCUCAUGGGCAUGAACACAACUCAGAUGGGCUCAAUCAGUGCAACCAUCAAUGGCACCGCUGUCGUCUUGCCUGUCGGAUCAGAAGAAGAGAAAUGGUGCAAGUUGCAGCAUCUGGAGAACAACACCUUUGAGAGGGAGGAGACAUCACAGAACGUUCUGAGUCCUUCAACGAGCAAUGCAGAGGACGAAGAAGCCAGCAAACAGUCCUUCUUGCAGGAUGAGGACAUAAGAGUAGUCGUUGUCAGGAUAAGAGAAGGCAGAAUCGCAGACUGGAAGGNNGGAGGUGUCAAGGACUGGGUCCUUGCUCCUGCCGAGGGUGCAGGCAACCUCGUCAACGGUCUAUGA